ACGAGGACCGGCAAAAUGUCCUCACUUCCUGAAAAUAUUCUCAGUCGAAAGGUUAAAAACUCGCACUGGUCCUCACAAGUAUAGUGAGACAAACACACACACACACACACACUCUGCUACCACACCCAGUCUUCCGCAUACUCAGUCAUCGCCUUCUUUCUGGCUCGACUUUACUGAAUCUCAAAUUCAUAUCUUACUCACAUUAUUUCCUGGAGACCCCCCUGAUCCACACCUAAAAUUAUAGGUGAUACUCUCCAAAUGAAUUACAGAGGGGAUAAAAGAGCACUUGAAAAUGACAACAUUUCUACUCCACAUGGGAUGCCUAGAAAACAAAAAAGGUGCUCCAGCCCUGACAGGACAGUAAUCAGAAAUGGCAAAAUGAUUAUGGGACAUGUGAAACAUAAACUCAGCGAAUACGAAUUUCAAGACACCCCCACGAACAAGCUCAUUGAAUAUGUCAGGGAAAUAAUCACAAAAUUGGACACCACUGUAAAAAGGAAAACUACUGUUGGAGUGUUUGGAAAGACAGGGACUGGGAAGAGCUCUCUGAUAAACGCCAUCCUGGGAGAAACAGAUCUGUUACCAUCAGGAACCCUGUGUGCCUGUACUUCAGUCAUCAUACAGGUUGGAGCCAACGUAAAAGACUUCUUCUACACCGCUGAGAUUGAAUUCAUCUUAAAAGAGGAAUGGGAAGAUGAACUCAAGACACUUCUGAAUGUUUUAUCAGAAGAUGGAGAGGAGAAGGACAACGCAAUCUUCAGUACAGCAAAUGAGAAGAUUACAGCAAUGUAUGGAGAGGAAGGUGUUUUUAUGACCAUAGAUGACCUCAUGAAAGAUGAUAAUUUCUCAGAAAUUCCAGAGUUUCUCAAAUCUCAAACCAAAAAGAUAACAUGUGAGAAAGCCUCAGAUCUCUCUGACCAGAUAGGGUGUUACAUUCAGCAUGAUGACUCAAGUCCUGGAGGAUGUUACUGGCCGGUAGUGAAGAGUGUGACCAUCAAGGUUCCACACUGUAAAAAUUUUCUGGAACACAUUCUGUUAGUGGAUCUUCCUGGAACUGGAGAUUACAACAAGAGCAGAGAUCAGAUGUGGAAAUCGAAACUGAGAGAGUGUUCUACAGCGUGGAUCGUAAGUGAAAUAAACCGUGCUGGGUCUGACAAGGAGGCCUGGGAACUUGUUUCUAACAGUGUGGGAGACAUGGCACAAGGUGGAGAGUGCCGCAGUAUCUGCUUCAUAUGUACCAAGACCGAUGACAUCAACCCACAGAACUACAUGAGAUCCUCAAAGCUCAAGGAUGAAGACUUUCAGAUCAAACCAGAGGACUCCCAAUAUGCCAGCAAGAAAAAAACUGCAUGCAUAUUGCACAGGAAUGCUAAAGCCAAAGAAAAAGUGAAAAAGAAUUUCCUUCAACAAGACACAAUAAAGACGCAUUUCGACUGUGAUGAUGAUUUCUUUUCUGUGUUCACGGUGAGUUCUGAAGAAUUCACCAAAGAAGAUCCAAUACUGAAACCAGAGGAAACAGAGAUACCUAAGCUGAAGGACCUCUUAAGGACGUACAACAAUAGUCACACAAAUGACAUGGCGAGUCAAUACAUCUCUGGAGCACUUGGAAUCCUCUCCUUAAUUCAAGGUUUCAAGGAGAUCAAUGCUGCAAUGAUAGCAGAGAGGUCCAGACUACACCAUGACUUGGAGAUAAAUCUUCACAAUGCACUUGGACACUUGCACGAAUGCUGUGGCCAAAUCUGCAGCUCUCUGGAAGAACUUCUGUCAAAAGGAGCAAAAGAAUCUGAAGAAAAAUGUGUUGAAACUGCAAAUGAAGUAAUUGCACCGAAGAAGGACGGUCGAGGAUUUCACAGAACACUAACAGCGCUGUGCAAGAAUCAUGGAUUCUACAGGUCUAAGACAGGAGCAACCGAUCUGAAUUCACACUUGGCUACACAUAUGUUACAGUACAUUAAUGAAGCAUUCACUCACUUCUUCCCGUAAGUACUCAAUUCAGUCAAAUCUGAAUUUGUGUAGUGCUUUUUAACUGAAGUUGCAAAAUGGUGAGGUGCUGUUUUGCCAAUGUGCAGGGCUUUACCAUUUUUGAUCACUCUAAAAAUCAUGAUACAUUUUUUUACAUAAGUGGCAUACAAUCGUAAAAUGAGCAAAAAUGAGUCACUGAACGCUGACAUUUCACUGGCUUCCUCUUGAAACUUGAAUUGGGGUGUGUUUCGUGUAACUGAUGUGUAAAUUAGGCAGUGGUACCUGGUGUUUGAUUUCAUACACUGAAGCUGAUUCAUCACUUGCGCUCAAAUGACUACAAAACUUUCAUGAAUCAAUCACAGAGUAAUUUGUACAACUUAAAGGCAGGCAAAUCUGCACUCUUUUUAUGCAACUCUGUGAGUAAGGGUCAUUAUAUCUAAAAGUAGCCAUUACAAAUGAAAUCAAGUCAAUAUAAAUAAAUAUGUUUUUACUUGCUGUUUAAAAUGGUUAAUGGUAGGA